AUGGUCAAAACCUGCUCCGACACAGGGCCCCACCCCCCACUUGUGAGCCCUCUGCUUGUUGGAGGUGGACGGUUUCCCGGCGCUGAAACGCGGGCCCGGAGAGACCACGGCGAGCAAGCUGCGUUUAAGCUUCCGAAGGCUGAGUCACGGCCGGCCGCGCACUGCAGCUCGGCCGCGCGGAGACAGGCUGAACGCGGCCGCCCUCGCGCGCCUGCGUGCUGCGGCCCGAGCGCCCGGCCCCAAAGCGCGGCGCGGGCAGGGGGCGGCGCGCGCGGAGGGCGGGGAGCUGCGCGUGGGGUGGUGGGUGCCGGGGGCGGGGAUGUAGAAGUGGUGACGACGAGCCCCGCGUGCCAGAGCGGCGGACGCGCUUCCCGCGGCUGCACCCGGUCGGGGCCCUCCGGAGAGCGGCUGCCGCGGAGACUCCGAGCGCAGACCCGUGCUCCCGGGACACCGGCCGCCCGCGCGCCGGGGCCGCCGGGGAGGGCAGGGCCGAGCGGCGCGAGGCUGGGGGCCCGCGGGCGCGGCCGAGCGCCGCCGGGCGGGAGGCUGGGGGGCCGGGGCCGGGGCCGGGGCCGCGCCUCGGAGCGAGUCGGGGGCCGAGGCCGAGGGGCGGCGGCUCCUCGCGCGGCGCCAGGGGCUCGGGGACCCCGGCAGGGCCCCGGUGGGGCCAUGGCCGCCGGGAGCAUCACCACGCUGCCCGCCCUGCCGGAGGACGGCGGCAGCGGCGCCUUCCCGCCCGGCCACUUCAAGGACCCCAAGAGGCUCUACUGCAAAAACGGGGGCUUCUUCCUGCGCAUCCACCCCGACGGCCGAGUGGACGGGGUCCGAGAGAAGAGCGACCCACACAUCAAACUGCAGCUCCAAGCCGAGGAGAGAGGGGUCGUGUCCAUCAAAGGAGUGUGCGCCAACCGCUAUCUCGCCAUGAAGGAGGAUGGCCGGCUGCUGGCUUCCAAAUGUGUUACGGACGAGUGUUUCUUUUUUGAACGGUUGGAAUCCAAUAACUACAACACUUACCGGUCAAGGAAAUACUCCAGCUGGUACGUGGCCCUGAAGCGGACUGGGCAGUACAAACUGGGACCCAAAACAGGACCUGGCCAGAAAGCCAUACUUUUCCUACCGAUGUCUGCUAAGAGCUGAUCUCGAUGCCCCUGUCUGAUCUCACUGCGCGCAAAAGAAGAGGUGUAUCGUUACUGAGGACUUUGUAAAAGAGGACUUUGUUACUGAGAAGGAAAGGAGAUGUAUACAGCUCUCUGCUCAGUUUGGAUAACUGGUCAGGUAACCCUUUAUCUAAUAGUCACAUAUUUAACCAUUGCCUUACUAAAGAAAAACAAGAAUUCCUGGAAAAUGUAUAAAUUUCCACCU